AUUACCAGGCACAAUGUUCAUCUUGUACGUGUGGAUAAUGGGUCUUUCAGCCUUCACUGUUCAGCCCGAAGAGCACACAGUGGCUGCAGGAGACUGCCAGUUUCGUGGCAAGCAUUACAAAACCGAAUUCAGGGUGGAAGGGGAGCCUGUGGUUCUGAGGUGCCCCCAGGUGUGGUCUCGGUUUGGGGCCUCCAUCAGCCCCCAGGCCCUUCUGACCUGGCGUAAAAACAACUCUGCUCAAAUGAUCCCAGAAGGGCCACGGAUGUGGGCAGAGGACGGCGCUCUCUGGGUUUUACCAGCCUUGAGGGAGGACUCCGGCACCUACGUCUGCACUGUCAGAAAUGCUUCCCACUGUGAUGAAAUGUCCAUUGAGCUCAGAGUUUUUGAGAACACAGAAGCUUCCCUACCGUUCAUCUCCUACUCGCAAAUCCUGACCUUGUCUGCCUCUGGGUUGUUAGCGUGCCCUGAUCUGAGGGAAUUCACCCGGAACAGAACUGACGUGAAGACUCGGUGGUACAAGGGUUCUGUCCCUUUGGAUGAAAACAAUGAGAAAUUUAUAAGUGUGGAGGGGACCACACGCUUACUCAUACAUGAYGUAUCUGUGGAGGAUGCGGGCUACUACAAAUGUGCCAUAACAUUUGCCCACGAGGGCAGRCGAUACAACGUCACUAGGAACGUCAAACUCCGCGUCAAUAGUAAAAAAGAGGAGACCAUUCCUGUGAUUAUUUCUCCCCUCCAGACCAUAUCAACAUCUCUGGGGUCCAGCCUGACCAUCCCGUGUAAGGUGUUCCUGGGAGCCGGCACACCUGACACCACCCUGCUGUGGUGGACAGCUAACAGCACCCAAAUCGAGAGCGCCUACCCGGGAGGCCGAGUGACCGAGGGGCCGCGCCAGGAAUAUUCAGAAAACAAUGAGAACUACAUCGAAGUGCCGUUGAUUUUUAAUCCAGUCUUAAGAGAGGAUUUGGAUACAGAUUUUAAAUGUGUCGUCCUUAAUACACUGAGUUUUCAGACACUACGAACCACAGUCAAAGAAGCUUCCUCCACGUUCUCCUGGGGCAUUGCGCUGGCUCCCUUGUCGCUGGUCUUCUUGGUUUUGGGGGGAAUUUGGACGUACAGACGGUGUAAACACAGAACUGGGAAAACACGUGGGCUGACAGCGAUCAAGACCGGCCUCUGA